CCGAGCAUGCAGUGCUUCCCCGGGCUGGUGCUGGCGCUGAGCUCGCUGCUGGGCGCCCUGGCGCUGCUGCAGCUCUCGCUGCACCUGCGGGUGCCGUCCCGCUACGGGAAGCACGAGGAGCGGCUGUGCCGGCCGCGGGGCCGGCUGCCGGCGCGCUGCGCCUGGUUCCUGCAGGAGCUGCCCUCCUUCCUGGUGCCCGCGCUGCUGCUGGCGCUGCGCAGCCCGCCCCGCCUCGAGCCGCUCGGCUGCCGCCUCCUCUGCUGCCUCUUCUGCUGGCACUACUUCUACAGGACAUUUAUUUACCCUUUCUUCACUAGAGGCAGACCUUUCCCACUGCAAUUGCUUUUCUUUGGCAUGUUAUUCUGUAUCUAUAAUGGCUUCCUCCAGGGGUACUACCUGAUUUACUGCGCUGAAUAUCCAAACGAUUGGUGCACCGACAUCAGAUUUACAUCAGGCCUCCUCUUAUUUCUGCUGGGAAUGGGAAUCAACAUUCACAGUGAUCUCCUGCUGCGCCAGCUGAGGAAACCUGGGGAAGUCACUUAUAAGAUUCCUCAAGGAGGACUGUUCACCUAUGUUUCUGGAGCCAACUACUUUGGAGAAAUUGUUGAAUGGUUUGGUUUUGCCAUUGCAACCUGGUCUCUGCCAGCCUUCGCCUUUGCCUUUUUCACUCUUUGCUGCAUUGGUCCACGUGCUUAUCACCAUCACAGGUACUAUCUCAAGACAUUUACGGACUAUCCAAAAUCAAGGAAAGCCUUGAUUCCUUUCGUUUUUUAAUUAUUGAAAUAUGGACUCUUUGUUUUGUUUUUAUAGGAUUU